AUGGCUACUGCUUGUGCUUUGUUCAAUGUUGUUGGAGGAGGAAACACUACUACUGAUGAAACCAACAACAAUAGUACCUCUAACUCGAGUAACAUCAGCAGUGAAGAUUUUCACAACAUACCUCAACGACAACAUUCUCCGUCUUCUUUACGAAGGUCCAAGAGUUUCAAGUGUUUUUUUGGCCAGAUCCUUGGGUUGCUAGCAACGGUGCUGCUGGUAGUGGUAGCAGAUCCAUAUUCAACAGUAGUAGAACCGCUUCUUUGGAUUCAUUUGGUUGGUCAUUUGGGUGAAGUUUAUGAAGAGUGGGUUCAUCAGCUCAUUGUUGCAAGGGAGGUUGCUGAAUUCUUGUUGAUGAGAACCAGUGAUGAUAAUGUAUCUAAGAAGGAGUUCAAUGAAAUUGAGUGGUCUGUUGGUCACCAUCCUCCCAGUGUUCUCAUCCCAAUUGCACAUGGUUCUGAAGAGAUUGAAGUAGUGACACUGAUAGAUAUUCUAAGGCGAGCAAAAGCUAAUGUCAUAGUUGCUUCUGUUGAGAAAAAUCUUGGAGUUAUGGCUUCUCAAGGAACCAAAAUUGUUGCUGAUAAGUUACUUAGUGAUGUUCAAGAGUCAGCACAUGAUUUGAUUAUUCUCCCGGGAGGAACUGCUGGCACUCAAAGGCUAAGCAAAUCUAGAAUUCUGAAGAAGCUUCUAAAAGAACAAAAUUCAGCUGGAAGAAUAUACGGGGCCGUCUGCUCCUCACCUGCUAUUCUACACAAACAUGGUUUACUAAAGUUGCAGGUUUUGGUACUAGAUGAGGCUGAUCGUAUUCUUGACAGUGGAUUCAAGAGGGCACUAAAUGCAAUCAUCUCACAGUUACCAAAACGUAGGCAGACUAUGCUUUUCUCAGCAACUCAAACGAAGUCAGUUCAAGAUCUUGCAAGACUAAGUUUGAAGGACCCAGAGUAUCUGAGUGUACACGAAGAGUCUGUGGAUGCCACUCCUUCUCUCUUGAAGCAAAUUGUGAUGAUUGUUCCUCUGGAUCAAAAGUUAGAUAUGCUGUGGACUUUCAUAAAGACUCAUCUACAGUUCAAAACAAUUGUCUUUCUAUCAAGUUGUAAACAGGUAAAUUAUGUCUACGAGGCAUUUAGAAAACUGCACCACUGA